AUGAGAGACGACUAUCUCAACCUUAACCCUCGCGAGUAUAGCACUCAGAAGGGUUGGUGCGAAGAUUUGGACGAGGGCAAGUUUUCCUACCUUAUCAUCCACUGCCUUCAAAACAGCCCUAAGUUCCGCGAUCGCAUCAUGGGCUUCUUCCGGCAAAGAACUGGCUGCAUAGGGCCGAUGCCAGCUAUUGGGAAAGUUCAGAUCAUUGAGUACCUGCAAGAGACUGGCAGUUUCACCGCUUGCUGGGAGUUGUUGAACUCACUAGAGGAUGACAUUGAGAACGAAAUCAAGAGGCUAGAAGAGAAUACAGGAGAGAAAAACCCGCUGAUGCAUCUUUUGUUGAAACUGCUUAGUGUCAAGACAGAGAAGCCAGAUGGAAAGGCGGUCGUCGCGCCUGCCGGACUUUAA